UUUGUUCUUCCCUAGUGAAAAUGCAACAAAGCCAUGCAGACCCACAAACUUCCAAGCCUCACAACAGAAUUACGAUGAAAGUUCUGGAUACACACCUGUACACUCCCAACAUGGUCUGUCUGACGUCACCAACAGAUUGACAACAACAUUCAAUAAACAACAACAACUUCAGCAACUACAUCAAUAUUUGCCACUCAACUCGUCAAGAGAACUAAAACGUCUCCACUGCUCUCUCACCCCAUCCUUCUUGUCUUCAUACAUCACUCCAAAACCAGCGCAGAAGAUAAAAUUUUUUCCUCGUGAUUAUGAACUGGAGACUGAUAUAUUGGGGUCAUUUUUAAGGAUUGGUAUCGAUGUGGAGGACAUUGAAUAUCUAAUGAAAAGCUAUGAUGAAUUGUUGCAAACUGACUACCCUCAAACGUAUUGGCUCAAUGAUACUCAUUGGUUUGAACAUCCUUCAACAUAUGAACAUCCAAUUGUUACACUCACCUCAACAACUUCCACAAGGAAACAAUUAUCUAAGAAAAAGAGGAAAGAUAUUGUUGUUGAUGUCUUGGAGUCAAAACAUAAGACAGGGUCGGCAAGAACAGAAGGAUACUAUAAAAUCAGUCACCAUGAGAAAUCAGGUUACUUGCAGCACGCACGAGGUGUCCAGGAGCACAAGCUGACGGCCAGUCAACCAGCCGAAUUAGAGCAAUGUUUGUUUGGCGGUGCAAACCAACAGCUGAGGGAAGCAAGAUCUGAAAGCAGGAGAUGGCAGAGUGUGCUAUCUCACCAGGGCGAAGAUCUGGGUGACCUUGUCAAAUUCAACCACCUCAAGUUCCGCAAGAAGCAGUUGAAAUUUGCUAAAAGUGGCAUUCACGAUUGGGGUUUGUUUGCUUUGGAGCGCAUUCAAGAAGGAGAGAUGGUCAUCGAAUAUGUUGGCCAGGUCAUCAGGCAGCCCAUUGCUGAUCUCAGAGAAAAGAGGUACGAAUCGUUGGGCAUUGGCUCUAGUUAUUUGUUCAGAAUUGAUGGUGAGGCCAUCGUUGAUGCAACUAAGUAUGGCAACCUGGCUCGCUUCAUUAACCACUGUUGCACUCCAAACUGCUGUGCCAAGAUAGUGACAGUGGACUCCCAGAAGAAGAUAGUGAUAUAUUCGAGGAAAGACAUUGAAGUGAACGAGGAGAUCACAUAUGAUUACAAGUUCCCACUGGAAGAUAACAAGAUACCAUGCCUCUGUGGAUCAUCUGGUUGUCGGGGUACAUUGAAUUAAUUUCAAUCAUUCGCACGUUCGUCCAAAACCGGAUGGUUGAAUAGAUCGAACAUAAUUUUAUAAUUUAUUUAAUGUCUUUUUUGUUCGGUUCAUUCUAACAACUGGUAUCAUCCUAUUUAUUAGUUUUGUUUUAUUUUUUUGUCGUUCAUGUAUAAAAUAUUUUUUGGAAAAAUUGUUUAUUAUUUACGUGAAGAUUAAGCGAUGAAUUGAUUAAAAUUGAAAAUUAUGAUUCACAUUGGAUGAUUUCAGUUUACUCAAACUGCCCAAGUGUCAUGGCAUGUUCCUACGGUAUGCUCACUUAUCAGAACGCACAUCAUGCACCUAUGUACAUCUUUCUUUCAUUUUUAAAACUUGUUUCAAACGUAAUAGAUGAAUUUGAGAUACUGUUAGUCAAUUAAAAUUUGUUAAAAAACUGUCUCAAAUUUUAUUUUCUGUUGAACAUAAUGUUUACUAGUAUUAGAAUUAAAAAUUGAGUCACACAGGCUCUGUAACUUUUUUUUACGUUUUUCAAGAAUGAAUAUGUUUAUGUACAUAUCGUGAAUAUUUUAUGAUUAGAUGCACAAGUGAAUUUGCGUUUGUUUUAGCAUGUGUGCAUGACAUUAAAUUGUGAUUUCUUGAAAGAAUUAUGAUUGUGCUAUUUGUUUCUUAUGUGAUUUAUUUAAGCUACGUUAAUUUUCAUCCAAAAUUUAUAUUUUUAACGUUUUGACAAUGAUUCUAAUUGUAUGAUUUUAUUAACAACCGAUGUUGACAGUUGUAAAAAUUGUUCAUAUUCCUAACUUUUAUCAACCAAAGGCUAAUGAAAGUUAAAUAUAAAUUUUGUUU